GAGUGCGUUUUGUCGAGGUGGAUCUUGAAACCACCUCAGUUCCCACGCUUCUCAGGUGCAUCAGGUUAACACUCGCCGUGCGCGCGACGCGUGGACCGCAUUAGUAGGCCUGUGGGGAAUCUCUGGGUUGCACCACAACGAGACAGGACAAGAUGAGAGGAAGACGAACAGCUGACAGCAGAGAGCCAUUGCAUGGAAGAAAUGUGAUUAGAUAAACAUUCUGUGUACUAGUGAGUAUAGAGGGCGAGAGAGUUCAGCUAAUUCUGGUUAAAAGUAAUGGGUUUACUUUGGGGGGUAAUGAUAUAAACAGGUGAAACAAUCAGCCAAUAAGCCAGUAUUUCUAUGAGCAGGUCAACAGGCGGGUCCAGAGGAACCUAAUGUAGAUCGGAUGUCAUGUAAAUGAGAGAGAGAGAAGGACUUUAAAGGGAAGUGUGGCUGGAGGCUAUUGCAGAGAAUAUCUUAAGGUAGGAAGUUAAAAGUGAGGACAUUUCCUGUUGCCUUUCACAAUCGGCCAUCAGGGAACCAGCCCCAGCCCUGUCCUUAGUGGGUCAACAGGCGCUGGUCCACUUGUCUUCUUGGCUCCAGAGGAAUAACCAGACAGACACUGAGAGGAAGCUACGGAGCAGAUGAGGAUGAAUCCAUGGACCGUCUCUGUGCUCCUGCUGCUAGCUGGGCCGCUGGGGGCAGACCCUGACUGGCACGUGGAGUACCCUGACUCCUUCUGCGUGGUGGAGGGCUCCACCGCCACCAUCCCCUGCAGCUUCACCCACCCCCUUGUUGACGUAAAGAAAGGCGUGGUCAUUCUGCAGGUUAAGCGGUUGUUCUGGUGCCCCGGUCCCCUGCCCUGCCACUGGUCCACGGCCAACGUGUACGACAGCGGCAACGUCCGGGCCAACAGCAGGUUCAUGUACCUGGGGGACCUCGUCGGGAACUGCACCCUGAAGAUCAUCAAGACGGUGAAACAGGACGCUGCAACGUACCACUUCCGCUUCGGGACCAACGCCGGAGGGUACACCGGACGGGAAGGAGUCACAGUCACAGUCACUAAUGGAGAGGAUGUGAAGGUCAGAAGCUCCGUCACUGACCAUGUGGUGAAAGAGGGCGGUCUGGUCACACUCACCUGUACCUCAGCCUGCUCCUUCCACCAAUUGGACGUUCACUGGUACAGAGAUGGCCACGCCCUACCAGAGACAAGCCCCAACCUCCACCUCAGCGGUCUGACCGAUGAGGACACAGGGUAUUACACCUGCUCUCUUGACUCCAGUGGGCAGGAAACCUCUGAGCCUUGGAGUCUAUUGGUGGUGAAUGAUGAAGGGCCGCUGGGGGCGGGCCCUGACUGGCACGUGGAGUACCCUGACUCCUUCUGCGUGGUGGAGGGCUCCACCGCCACCAUCCCCUGCAUCUUCACCCACCCCCUUGUCGACGUAAAGAAGGGCGGGGCCAUUCUGCAGGUUAAGCGGGUGGCCUGGUGCCCCGAUUCCCUGAUCUGCCACCAGUCCACGACCAACGUGUACGACAGCGGCAACGUCCGGGCCGACAGCCGGUUCCUGUACUUGGGGGACCUCGUCGGGAACUGCACCCUGAAGAUCAUCAAGACGGUGAAACAGGACGCAAAGAGAUACUACUUCCGCUUCGAGACCAAAGCCGAUGGGUACACCGGACGGGAAGGAGUCACAGUCACAGUCACUAAUGGAGAGGAUGUGAAGGUCAGAAGCUCCGUCACUGACAAUGUGGUGAAAGAGGGCGGUCAGGUCACACUCACCUGUAUCUCAGCCUGCUCCUUCCACCAAUUGGACGUCCACUGGUACAGAAAUGGCCACGCCCUAUCAGAGAGAGGCCCCGCCCUCCACCUCAGCGGUCUGACCAAUGAGGACACAGGGUAUUACACCUGCUCUCUUGACUCCAGUGGGCAGAAAACCUCUGCGCCUUGGAGUCUUUUGGUGUUGGAAGAUGAAGGGCCGCUGGGGGCGGACCCUGGCUGGCGCGUGGAGUACCCUGACUCCUUCUGCGUGGUGGAGGGCUCCACCGCCACCAUCCCCUGCAGCUUCACCCACCCCGCGGGGCUCCAGGUGAACCGCGUGGUGUGGUGCGCCAAUCUUGAGUUCUGCUGGCACCCCGUGUCCAACGGGUACAACAGCAGCAAUGUCCGGGCCGACAGCAGGUUCCUGUACCUGGGGGACCUCGUCAGGAACUGCACCUUAAAGAUCAUCAAGACGGUGAAACGGGACGCUGCAACGUACCUCCUCCGCUUCGAGACCGACGGCGGAGGGCACACCGGACCGAAAGGAGUCAGAGUCACUGUCACUGAUGGAGAGGAUGUGAAGGUCAGAAGCUCCGUCACUGACCAUGUGGUGAAAGAGGGCGGUCAGGUCACACUCACCUGUACCUCAGCCUGCUCCUUCCACCAAUUGGACGUCCACUGGUACAGAAAUGGCCACGCCCUAUCAGAGACAGGCCCCGCCCUCCACCUCAGCUCUCUGACCAAUGACGACACAGGGAAUUACACCUGCUCUCUGGACUCCAGUGGGCAGAACACCUCUGCCCCUUGGUGUUUGGUCGUAAUGGAAGAUGAAGACGGAGAGGAUGUGAAGGUCAGAAGCUCCGUCACUGACCAUGUGGUGAAAGAGGGCGGUCAGGUCACACUCACCUGUACCUCAGCCUGCUCCUUCCACCAAUUGGACGUCCACUGGUACAGAAAUGGCCACACCCUAUCAGAGACAGGCCCCGCCCUCCACCUCAGCUGUCUGACCAAUGACGACACAGGGAAUUACACCUGCUCUCUGGACUCCAGUGGGCGGAACACCUCUGCGCCUUGGAGUCUAUUGGUGUUGGUAGAUGAAGGAAGGAACAAGUGUCGCAGUGACUGGCGGCUGACGGUGUCGGUGGUGUUGAAGGUGCUGUGGGCUGUGUUCCUUCUCCUCCUGGCUGGGCUGGUCUUCGCUAAAAGGUCAGCCCCUGGACCGGAACAUGAGAUCGUCUACAGCGAGGUCGUUGGCUGAACCAAACUCAAGCAGCGACUCCUCUUCCUCCUCCAGUGAUGACGAGAUAAGGGAACACUGACGUCAUCAUGUCUGUUGUCUGUCACAGACUUAUUGGUUGAGUCGUGUUCUUUUCAGUUUCUUUUUCUGAUGAUUUCAGUGUUUUAUGCAUUUGAGUUAUCUUUCUUUACUGUAUGUUUAUUCUGAACAUACUCAAGGUUGUCUGAAUAACGGUGAGGUUUGUAAAGACCGGUUCUUCUCCAUUCUGCUCCUGAUGACUAGGCUACGUUAAAAAAAAAUACUUCUCAAUUUAGUUUCCUGAUGGAAUGGCCGCUUAGUCUUUCAUGAGCCUGUUCUUCUGUUAGCUUACAAUAUUUAUGCAAUCUUAUCUUUACAGUGUAUGGGUCAUGUAGGCUUACAAUAAGAUCUGUCAUGUUCUUAUCAUCGAUGGUUGCUGUGUUAAAGUGAAGCCAUUUUAAAUGAGGAUAAAGUUUAUGGGGGGCAGAUAAUCACCCUCACCACUGUGGAGCUAAUAUAAGAAGGGGGAAGUAUAAUUCACAUGUGUGUCGAAGUCCUCUCUGCUCCGAAUACUAUUAUUAAGAUAGCAGAAGUCACAUAGAAUUGAUCGAAAGUCUUUUUGUGAAGCGUCUGUGUAAAAAUACAAGUAUUAUAGGUAUGCAUUACACAAUUUAGUCAUAGAACAAGCUUUUUGGGAACUGUAUUAGACCUUUCAAGUAGGCUAUUCAACUUUUAAAGUUUAAAUAUUACCUUA